AUGACAAAUACCCUAUUGCUUCAGAUAUUGAUAAGAUUAUUUGUGCUGAGCUGCCCGAUCAAGAAUGAAGAUCAAGCUGACGGUGAGUACAUGAUGCACGGUCGAUGUGGUGCAGUAAACACAAAUACUCUGUGUAUAAUUGACAAGCAAUGUAGUAAGCAUUUUCCCAAGAGGUUCAUUGAUGCCACUAAAGUGGAUGAUGAAGGAUAUCCAGUGUACAGGCGAAGAGAUAAUGGAUCUACAUUUGACAAGAAUAUAAACAAGGGUCAUAAUAGGGUUACAGUUGCGGCUUAUCAAGAUAAACAGAAGAAGGUGAAGCGUAGAAGAGAUAAAGAUAUGCAAUGUAAUGAAAAAUAUGAAGAAGCUAGAGAGCUUACUUAUGUGGAGUUCCCUACAAAAUUUGUGUGGAAGCAGGCUCAGAGAGAGUGGACACCAAGAGCUAAAGGUUUCACAAUAGGACGAAUCUACCACGUCUUACCAGGAUCUGGAGAGAAGUUCUAUCUUAGAACUUUACUCAAUUUUGUAAAAGCCGCGACAUGCUACGAAGACAUUAGAACGGUUGAUUGUGUAGUGUAUCCUACAUUCAAGGAAGCUUGCUACACAAGGGGGUUACUUAAUGAUGACAAGGAUUAUGUUGACGCAAUAACAAAAGCAAGUUUUAGAGAAUCAAGCUGGAUGAAGUUUGACAGAAGACUUGGCAGAUACUGUCUGAUGUCAUUCUUUUCAAGCAGCGUGCUAUUCAAAAAAAUAAAGUUAACUGACGAUCAAAUUGAAGUUUUUGCAUUGGCCGGGAUUGAAACCAUACUCCAAAGUAAUGGUACCAGCUUGCGUAGAUUCAGUGAAAUGUCUUUUACAGAUGAACUAAUCAUGUUUGAAAGAAAUAACAAGCUCAUAGCCGACAAGCUUUCUUAUGAUGUAGAGGAAAUAACCUCAGAACAUGACAAAUUGUAUAAAGGUUUGACUGAUGAGCAGUCGAUGAUCUAUCAGGAAGUAUUGGAUGUUGUGUCGAGUCAAGGAGCUGUAUUUUUCGUUUACGGCUACAGAGGGACGGGUAAAACAUAUGUUUGGAAGACAUUAUGUGCUGCAAUAAGAAAGAUGGGCGAAAUUGUAUUGUCGGUAGCUUCGAGUGGAAUUGCUUCUCUCCUCCUUCCACGAGGAAGAACAACUCAUUCUAGAUUUGGUAUCCCUUUGAAUGUAACUGAGAAUUCUACUUGCGCCUGCAUUCAACCUGGGUCGAAUUUAGUUGCUCUUCUUAUUAAGACAAAAUUUUGGGAUGAAGCUCCAAUGAUGCAUAAGUAUUAUUUUGAAACACUUCUUAGAAGUUUGAGGGACAUAAUGAGGUCGGUUGAUAGGGAUAACUUGCAUCGACCUUUUAGAGGUAAAGUGAUGGUAUUCGAUGGUGAUCUCAUGCAGAUAUUAUCAGUUGUACUGAAAGGAACUAGCCAAGAUAUCAUGUUCGCCACCGUUAAUUCGUCUUACUUAUGGGAUUCGUGUAAGGUGCUAAGACUUACUCGCAAUAUGAGAUUACAAUCAGGAUCUUUGAAAUCUUAG